AUGCCUCCAGUGAACGGCAAGCGGAAAGCCGUAGUUGUUUCCGAUAGCGAGGAGGAGGUUGAGCCAUCAACUCAAGGCGCGUCGCAGUCUCCCGUCAAGCGCCCGCGCGUUCGGGAUCGUCACGGUGACUCGGAGACGGACGAGGAAGACGCCGCCACCCAGCGCCGCUCAAGCCGAAGACAGUUCAGCAGAGUGAACGGAUCUCAAGUGAACGGUGAUCACGACAGUGACGAAGAUGAAGACGAGGACGUCAUUCCAUCCGCAGACUACGUUGCCGGGUCAGUCGUUCGUAUCAAGCUCAAGAACUUCAUGACCUACGACUUUGUCGAGUUCCAUCCGGGACCUCACCUCAACAUGAUCUUGGGCCCCAACGGAACGGGGAAGUCGUCUAUUGCCGCCGCUAUUGCCAUUGGUCUCGCCUUCCCUCCGAAGAUCAUGGGGCGUGCGCACGAUCUCAAGUCCUACGUCAAGCAGGGUUCUGAGGUGGCUGCGAUCGAGAUCGAGCUCAAAGGCAGGCGGGGGAAGCGGAACUCGAUCGUUCAUCGAGAGUUCAGCCGAGUCGACGAUAAGUCGACCUUCCGCUUGAAUGGCCGCACCUGCCAACAAUCUUUGGACAAAGUGUCUGAUUUCGCAAAGAUGAACCCUGUCACUGUCCUGCACGAGACAAUGCGUGCUGCCGGCGACUCGCGAUUGACCAAGUGGCACGAAGCCCUGGUGGAGAAGGGCAAGGUCACCGAGUCAUACGACGAUGAUAUUGCGAAGGACAUCGCUGCGCGGGAUCAGCUUCAGCGACAGGUCGACGAGCUUGCUCCUGACGUGGAGAACUAUGAAGCUCGUGCGGAACUGGAAGCGCAGCAAGAAUGGAAACACAUUGUCAAACUCGGCCUUGAGUUUGAGCAGGCAAAGGAGAUCAAGGCACAGAAGAAAUCGGAGGUCGCAAAGGCGAAGCUGAAGCUGCGUGCAGUCGAAUCGCGAGUGUCCCCUCUCCAGGAACUGUCAAAGGAGUUGAUCACUCGCAGGAAUAAACGAGAGAAGAACUACAAAAAAGCGCAAGACGAGGUUAAAGAUUGGCGAACUGCCAUCCGAGACGGCCGCGAAGCGGUUAAUCAAGUCGAAGCCGAGACGAAAGGCAUCAAGGAUGAGAUGCAGAGGUUGAAGAGGGAGGAGAAGCGACGACUCGAGAAGAUUGCAGCUCUGAAAGCCCGGAAGGAGCACUACGAGCGUGUGCUCCAGGAACCACAGGAGGACGUUAGAGAUAAAGUCAAAGAGAAACAGCAAGAGAGGAAGGACCUGUCCAACGUUCAGAACGUGCGGUUGCAGAAGGCGUUCCAGUUAGACCCAUCCAUUGAAUUCGCCUGCAACUGGAUCAAGGCGCACGAGAUGGAGUUUGAGGCGAAAGUUCAUCUGCCACCGAUGGUUUCCGUCUAUGUGCCCAACCGCAAUUACGCUUGGCAAGUCGAAAUGUGCACUAGCAUGGCACAGAGGAAGCAGAGGAAAGUGUCCCUGCAUCUGGCUGUCGUGAACGUAACGGACGAGACUGUCAAUCCCCCACGUCCAUGCUCUCCUGAAGUUCUUGCGAGACUGGGUUUCGACGGUUUCGCCGUAGACUUCGUCGAGGCAGAGCCCGCAGCUUUGACUUUGCGUUCCGGUGCCGGCCUCUCUGCCGAUCAAGUCACAGCUGCCAACAUCACGUCUUGGGCUACCAAAAAUGACUUCACUAAGGCCAGCCGUUCCGCAUACGGACGCCGAGAUUGGACGUACACGUCAUCUGCUCCGGUCUCAGCCAAGGCUUUCAGCCUCAUUGGAAAUGGCGGAGCUGAAGCGAGAGCGCCAAAGCAUGGAGCCCAAGAUCCAGAAGCUGGAGGAGAAAACGCAGGAGUGUCUAACGACAAAGGAGGAACUGAAGUCGGACUUCGUGAGUGGGCGAGUUCAGACGCGGCUGACUGUCAGGACCGCACUGGUCGGGAGCUGAAGGAACUUCAGAACGAGAUUCAGAAGUAUGAAAAGGCGCAUUACGAGCUGAGUGAUCGGCUGGAAAAUACUCCGUCCUCGGAAACCAAGAAGAUGGAGUUAUCGGAAAAGCUAAAGACCCUUGCACGUCGCCGCUUCAACACUCUGAAAGCCCUACAGGCAGCAUGCGAUCCAGCCAUCUUACGCUUCCACAGCGUGCAGACCGAAGGUUUCGGCGUGCGUCAGGCGGAGGCCAAUGCUGUCGUUGUGCAGGAGGUAGUGCAAGUGGCUGAGGACCGAAUGAAGGAGCACAAAGAGGCAGUAAACAAGAAGGUAGAGGAGUGGCAAACCAUCAAAGAGAUGUUGUUGGCCAAGGCGGAGGCGAUCCACGACUUGAUGAAGGAUCGGGACUCGCAGGCUCUCAAGGACGACAUAGCUUCUGUGCAGGCCGAGCUCGACGAGAUCGACGACAAGCUUGCUGUAUCGCUAAACGUUACUCGCGACGUCAUUGAGCGCCACGAACGCCUGUCUGAACAGCUCGGUCGCAUCAAGCAUGCUGUCGACAAGCAGCAGCGAGCGCGCGACAGGGCGCACGCCGAGGUCACAGCGAUCCUCGAUCAGUUCAACCCGGCGCUUGACGCGCUUGUCUCCGAAACAAGCAAGAAGUUCUCCGAGGCGUUCGAAAAGAUGGGUUGCAGCGGUGAAGUGCGCGUGAACCGCGUCGAGGGCAGGUACGACGAGUGGGGUAUCGAGAUCCUUGUCUCGUACCGUGACAACGAACCACUCGCUGUCCUGACCGCGAACCGCCAGUCCGGAGGAGAGCGCUCUCUCGCCACUGUCACGUACCUCAUGUCCCUGACCGAGAUGGCUCGCACGCCCUUCUCGCUCGUGGACGAGAUCAACCAGGGCAUGGACAAGCGCGCCGAGCGCCGCGUCCACAACCAGAUGGUGCAGGUGACGUGCUCGGAAAACGCUGGGCAGUACUUCCUCAUCACGCCCAAGCUCCUCGAGGGCCUGCACUACAACCCUCGCAUGCGCAUCCUGCAGGUCAACAAUGGUGUGCGUCUCCCCGACUCGGCAGACAAGUCAAAGCGCUUCGGACGCCUCAAAGCGUGCCUCGAAAAGUACCGUGCCGCGCAUGGCAUCACGGCCUAA